AUGGUCGUCACGCUCUUCGACCACUUGCCUAUCGACUCCCUCGUGCGGUUUCGCUCGUCGAGCAAGGCUGCGGACUUCCGCAUCGGAUCCUACAUGUCACGCAAGCUCGAAGCUCACCUUCGGCGGUUCGUCAGCAACACACACGACUUCCUCCACGAGCUGGAGAUCACCUGCUCGGUUGUGUCUGGAUCCACCGCCCUUGCCGUCAUCUUCCGACUCUCCUGGACUCCGAAUGACUUGGACGUGUACGUGCCACGCGACCUCUUCUGGCACGUCAUCGCGUAUCUGGUCAACGUCGAAAACUACACCGUCUCCUUCCUCGACAUCUCCGACUACGUGUCAAAGAAGAUACACAACGUGGGACGCCUCUCACGCGAAGGCGGGCAGAUCAUUGAUGUCAUUCAAAGCGAGUCGAACUCACCUCUACUCCCUCUCACGACCUUUUGGAACACUGCACUGAUGAACUACGUCACCCCGAACUCUUUCUGUGUCUCCUAUCCCCACCUCACCGACGCCCAUCAUGCGCUAAUCUUCGAGGAUGGCGUUGCAAGUGCGGGAAAAGCUCGCGUCCCUUUCCCCCGUGAGCCCGAAGAGCUCCGUCGCAAGUACGAGCUUCGUGGCUUCGAGUUACAUCUCAGCCCCCUCUCGUGGAUACGCACCGCGGACCCGAGCGCGCAGUGCACGGGGAUAGGCUCCGCGUUAUGCCCUCUCACAAUGCGGUACUUCGGAGACCGUCACUGCGUCACUGGGUCGCUGUAUCCCUUGGAGGGCCGGAAGUCGAAGGAGUUGCGGGUAGAUUUGUUGAAGGUGUUCACGGCAGUGUGGUGGAGAGGCGGGCAGACGUGUGGGGAUGGUUGCGCUGCGGCGGGGGUUUGGGUCGAAGGGAGUUCGUAUGCUUGCUCACGCUCAUUGCUCGGAGAGUAG